GUGCCCGUACUGUGUGCUUGAAUGCUGCACAGACCCGGGAGCGACGGAGUCCCUGCCUUCGAGUUGACACGUUAAGCCUCAUGGACCAGACAAGCAGAAAGGAUGGACCGGCAAAAGGUUGCCACGGAUAUUUGGGAGGCGUUAACCCAAGUUGUGUGCAGCUGGGUAGUGCUGAUCCCCCUUCUUUCUCGCUUGGUCCCCGUAUUGUCUCAUUUGACGCUCUCCUGGCUGAUCUGGAGACGACCACCUCCCAUAUCUCCAAACGUCCAGUUCUGCUCACAGAUUCUGGAGGCGCUCACCCCAACGGGCUGAAACAAGACGGGACCUCAGACCCCAAGCCGCCACCUCCACCUUACAAUCCUCAACAGCAGGCUGGGCCCACAACUAUGCCUGUUGAUCCAAUCCCAGCCUCCACCAUGCAGAGUGGGAGUGACAAAGAACACCUUUACAGCACGGUCUGCAAGCCUCGCUCGCCCAAGCCCAAGGAAGGAGGCCCACCACCCUUCUCCUCCAGCGGAGUGCUCGGCGCCGGCCUUUGCGAACUGGACCGGCUUCUGCAGGAACUUAACGCCACCCAGUUCAACAUCACAGAUGAAAUAAUGUCCCAGUUUCCAUCCAGCAAAAGUCCCGAUGGGGAGAAGGGCAAAGACAGGUCAGAAGAUUCUGCGGAUGGUAGUUCGUUAUCUCGGUCUGCAGCUCCUGCAAAGCCAUCGGCAACAUCAGCUACCCUGGAGCUGGACAAGUUGAUGGCCUCUCUGUCAGAUUUCCGGGUCCAGAGCAACCUCCCUGCAGCUGCUCCAUCCACAGUAUCCCCACCACCUGCUCCUGCCCGGGUGUCCUCUGCGCAACUGCCGGUGGUCUCGUCCAUCAGCCCCAGUCCCCCUGUAGCGCCGCCCUCACAGACGUCCCCAGCUCAGCCCAGCGGGAAUCUGGAUAGCAUGCUUGUCAUGCUGGAGUCUGACCUCAGCCGCCAGGGGAUCUCCACCACCGCCAAGGGGCUGUGCGCUUCGUGUCAGAAGCCCAUCGCGGGGCAGGUUGUAACGGCGCUGGGGAGCACCUGGCACCCGGAGCAUUUUGUCUGCACCCACUGUCAGAAGGAGAUGGGGGGCAGCAACUUCUUUGAGAAGGACGGCGUCCCGUACUGCGAGAGAGACUACUUCCAGCUCUUCUCUCCCCGCUGCGGCCUCUGCAAUGAGCCCAUCCUGGAUAAAAUGGUGACUGCGCUGGAUAAGAACUGGCACCCUGAGCACUUCUGCUGUGUCAAAUGUGGGCAGCCGUUUGGGGAAGAAGGUUUUCACGAGAAGGAUGGGAAACAGUACUGCCGCCAGGACUUCUACGAGCUCUUUUCCACCCGCUGCCAAGGAUGCAGCCAGGCAAUCCUGGAGAACUACAUCUCUGCCCUCAAUGCCUUGUGGCAUCCAGAAUGUUUUGUCUGCAGGGAAUGCUAUACGCCCUUUGUGAACGGGAGCUUCUUUGAGCACGGCGGCCGCCCCUUCUGCGAGAUCCACUACCACAAGCAGCGUGGCUCUCUCUGUUCGGGCUGCGAGAAGCCCAUCACCGGCCGCUGCAUCACAGCCAUGGCUCGCAAGUUCCACCCGGAACACUUUGUCUGCGCCUUCUGCCUCAAACAACUCAACAAAGGCACCUUCAAAGAGCAGAAUGACAAGCCCUACUGCCACCCUUGCUUUAUCAAGCUUUUCGGGUGACAGGGAGGCACCUCAGCCACACCUGCUUCCAACAUGGAAAGGGGGGAGGGCCCACAGAUCUCAGCCUUUUAUUCAGCCAUGCCCCUUCCAUUUGUGGGAGGGGCUUGUGCCUUACGGGCUCCGCCCCAUGCCAUUGGAGCCACCACACCAUUGCCAAAGCCACACCUCUAGAUAGAGCCACGUGCAAAACAAGCAAGGUGAGAAGCAGGAUUUAUCUGUGCCUCCCCUUCUACUCAGGAACUACUCCCUGGUCACAACACGAUCACCCCGGUCUCAACCCCACCUUCAACCUCAUCACAUGCUGCUUUAAGCCACACCUCCACCAAGCCACCAUUUUCUGACAGGAGGCAGUGCCUUAAGCCACACCCCCAUGACCAGCUGGUGAUGUCAUCAGGGUAGGAGGCAGGGACUUAAAGAAGCCACACCUUCCCACAACUCUACUCAGUAGCAUGGAACAGGGGAUACCUAAGCCAUGCUCCCCUGGUCACAAAGCCAUUCAGGGUGGAACUGGGGAAAACUUCACUUCCUGAUUCUCUGGUUUACCUUAUGAUUCCUGCCCUAACAAUUUGUAUAUGGGGGCUCUGGAGCAGCUUUAAAGCCAGGGUUGCCAACUCUUGAGUGGGAAAUUCCUGGAGCUUUGGGGGUGCAGCUGGAGUAUGAGGAAGGGAGGAACCUCAAAGAGACAUAAUGCCCACAGUCCAUCUUCCAAAGCAGCCAUUUUCUCCAGAGAACCAUAGAGUUGGAAGGGACCUCUAGGGUCAUCCAGUCCAACCCCCUGCACAAUGUGCAGGAAACUCACAAACACCUCCCCGUAAAUUCACAGGAUCUUCAUUGCUGUCAAAUGGCCAUCUAGCCUCUGUUUAAAAACCUCCAAGGAAGGAGAGCCCACCACCUCCCGAGGAAGCCUGUUCCACUGAGGAAUCGCUCUAAUGGUCAGGAAGUUCUUCCUAAUGUUGAGCCGGAAACUCUUUUAAUUUCAACCCAUUGAUUCUGGUCCUACCUUCCGGGGCCACAAAAAACAAUUCCACACCAUCCUCUAUAUGACAGCCCUUCAAGUACUGGAAGAUGGUGAUCAUAUCACCUCUCAGCCGCCUCCUCUCCAGGCUAAACAUCCCCAGCUCCUUCAACCUUUCCUCAUAGGACUUGGUCUCCAGACCCCUCACGAUCUUUGUCGCCCUCCUCUGGACCCGUUCCAGCUUGUCUAUAUCCUUCGUAAAAUGUGGUGCCCAAAACUGAACACAAUACUCGGUGAGGUCAUACCAGAGGAAGUGAUCUUGACAUCUGGAGAUUAGUUGUAAUUCUGGGAGAUAACCAGGCCCCAUCUGGAGGCUGGCAACCCUAUUUAGAGUCCUGGCACAGCAAGCAUGCAAAGGGUUGGGGGGGGGGGGUUGGCAGGAAAGAGAUAACUUCCCUCAUUCCUUUUGGCCAAGAUUUAGGUUAGGUUUCUGUGGAAAUUUUAUGGAUCCUGGGUUAGGUGGGUGGUUAGAAGGACCGGAGCGAAGCCUUUCUUCUGUUGGGACUCCUAAGGGACCACUUCAGGGUGGAGCUUCUCCCAUGUAGGACCGAUUGGCUGGUGCUGAAGAACACUAUGUGGUCUAUUUUCUGUUCUUGGGCUGUGGUUGAACAAGUCCUGGAUUGCAUGCGGCAGAAACAGCAUUUUCUUUAAAAUUGGGUGGGGGAGAGGCAGGGGAGCCGGAAGACUGCUUCUGCUGCAGUUUCGACUUCGCUCACUGGCCAACCAAAACAACAAAGAAUGGUAUUUGUGUUUCUGUAUCCCAUUGGAGCCCAAGGACUCUGCUCUCCCUUCUGCCUCCAGAAUUCCAUGCUAACCUUCUACUCCUUCACUGCUGUACAUUAUAUAAUAAAAUUCACAUACUGAAAAA